AUGCUAUUCAACUUUCUUCUUUCACCAUGGAGCAUUCUGCUCAUCAUACCGCUUGCUCUGGUCUACUUUACCCUCCCAUAUCUCCAGAACAAGCCCCUCCGAAACAUCCCCGGUCCACCUCUCGCAGGCCUUUCCAACCUCUGGCUCUUAUACCAGAGCCGACAGGGACGGCGAUUCAUGAAGGUGGAUGCCGCGCAUAAGAAAUAUGGUCCCCUUGUUAGGAUCCAACCGAAUCAUGUCAGCAUUGCGGAUCCGGCAGCCAUUCAAACGGUGUACGGGCACGGCAACGGUUUUUUGAAGAGUGAAUUCUAUGAUGCCUUCGUCUCCAUAAAGCGAGGUCUAUUCAAUACCCGGGACAGGGCAGAACACACGCGGAAGAGGAAGACGGUAUCGCAUACCUUCAGCGCAAAAUCUGUGGGACAGUUCGAGCAAUACAUGCACCAGAACCUCGAGCUUUUUGUCCAACGACUGGAUACGAUGGCCAAUCAUGCACCGAUCGGCGGCUACACGGACCUGGAUGCCCUGCAUUGGUUCAACUAUCUGGCAUUCGACAUCAUUGGCGAUUUGGCUUUCGGAGCACCGUUUGGGAUGCUGGAGAAGGGAAAGGACAUUGCGGAGGUGCGGAUGACGCCGGACGCGAAGCCAACCUUUGCGCCUGCUAUUGAGGUGCUGAACAGGAGAGGAGAGGUGUCGGCUACCGUCGGCUGCCUUCCGGCAAUGAAGCCAUAUGCGAAGUACCUCCCCGACGCGUUCUUUUCCAAGGGAAUCGCAGCCGUAGAGAAUUUAGCCGGCAUCGCCGUUGCUCGCGUUAACGACCGUCUUGAACGUCCCGAUACCGAUCGAGUUGACCUGCUGGCAAGACUGAUGGAGGGCCGCGACGAAAAGGGGCAACCGCUAGGCAGGCAAGAGCUUACUGCGGAGGCACUGACGCAGUUGAUCGCCGGAAGCGACACCACGAGCAACACUAGCUGCGCCAUCCUAUAUCACUGCCUGACGCACCCCGAGGUCAUCGUGAAAGCACGAGAGGAACUCGACAAGGCUUGGCCGGCUGAGCAACGGGUCCCUACGUUCUCACAGGUCAAGGACCUGCCAUAUCUUGACGCUCUCAUCAAAGAGUCCCUCCGCAUUCACAGCACCUCCUCCCUCGGCCUUCCUCGCGACGUCCCGCCACAAGGCAUUACCGUCACCCUCUCCCCAAGCGCCUCCUCCGACCCCUCCAACCCCUCCAACCAACCCACCUCCGUGUACUUCCCCGGCGGCACCACCCUCUCCGUCCCUUCCUACACGAUCCACCACUCCCAAAAAGUCUGGGGCCCCGACGCUGACGAAUACCGCCCGGAGCGCUGGCUCGCCGACUCCGCCAACCCCGCACCGAUCGAGGCGCAGAAGAACGCCUUCGUGCCGUUCAGCUACGGCCCGCGGUCGUGCGUCGGGCGGAACGUGGCAGAGAUGGAGCUCGCGCUCAUCGUGGCGACGGUGUUGCGGAGCUGGGAUUGGGAGUUACGGCAGGGCGAGAUGGAGACGCGGGAGGGGUUUCUGAGGAAGCCGCUGGGGCUGGAGGUGGGGAUUAGGAUGAGGGGGGCGGGGGGGAAAUCAUAA